AUGUCGCUGAGCCAGAGGAGCGACCUGGCCAAUGACAACAGCUGCCCGGGGCUGAGUUUGGCGCUGCGGGCGCCCCACAGCGAGCUGCUGAACGGCACGCUGCCGUGCCAGGCCUCGCCCCCGGGGCACCGCCCUUGCACCUGCCCCACUCAACACAGCGCCCUGGGGCCCGGACCCCCGCCCGGCGAGGAGCCCGCCAAUGCCAAGUGGGUGAAGGACGGGCAGAACCAGCUGCGCCAGGCGGCCGAGCAGGACCAGAACCGCAAUGAGCUUGGCCCCCUCGCCACGGCGCUGCUCAGUGACCUGUCGCGGGGGGGGCCGGAGGAGGAGGAGGAGGAGGAGGAGGAGGAGGACGGCGACUCCACCCCGGUACAGAGUGACCCCGUCACAGCCGAGUCGGAGCAGAGCUCGGAGCCCGGCCCCCGCGAACACGGCAAGAGCGCCAGCCUGCUCUUCGGCCCGCGGGCCAGCGCUGCCAGCGACGAGGACUCCAGCUGGGCCACGCUCAGCCAGGGCAGCCCGGCUGGCAGCUCCCCCGAUGACACAGACGCCUCCUGGGCCCGCAACGCCUUUGAGACGGACUCCGACCUGCCUGCCGGGUGGGUGAGGGUGCAGGAUGCAUCGGGCACCUACUACUGGCACAUCCCCACGGGCACCACGCAGUGGGAGCCGCCCGCAGACCUGGGCCAGGGCGAGGGGGGCCGCGGCCCCGACCGUGACUCCCAGGGGAAUACGCCCACCGAGGAGCAGCAGCUCACCUGGACGGGCUUUGUGGAGGCCGAGCGCUUGGCAGAUGCCGAGGGCUGGAAGGACGUCCCGUCGGAGGAGGGGACCCCGGAGCCGGGGCAGCAGGACUUGGAGCAGCCCACCCUGCACCUGGGAGAGCUGAGCCUCAGUGCGCCGAAAGCCGAGGAACAGACGCUGCAUCUGGGCUCGCCCCUGGGCUCCAAGAGCUUCCCGGUGCGGUCGCUGGGCUGGGUGGAGAUGAGCGAGGAGGAGCUGGCGCCAGGCAAGAGCAGUGCGGCCGUGAACUCCUGCAUCCGCCAGCUGGCCGGCCGCGGGGCCCCCCCACCGGGGGGCUGGGACCAGGGCCGGGCCAUGCUGCUGCUCCUGGACCGCGAGACGCUGCGGCUGGUGGAGCCGGUCGAGCGGACGCCGCUGCACGCCCAGCCCGUGGCCAGCAUCCGCGUGUGGGGCGUGGGCCGGGACGACGGCAGGGACUUUGCGUACGUGGCCCGGGACCCGCUGACGCAGAUGCUGAAAUGCCACGUGUUCCGGUGCGAGACGCCAGCCAAGGGCAUCGCCACCAGCCUGCAGGCCGUCUGCUCCCAGAUGCUGGUGCAGCGGCAGAACACCCGGGCCCUGGUGACCGGCCUGGCGCUGGAGCCCGCCAAGAUGGUGGAAAUUCCCUUCCAAGUGGAGUUCCCGGCCCCCAAGACGGAGCUGGUGCAGAAGUUCCAGGUGUCCUACCUGGGCAGCGCGCCCGUUGCCCGGCCUGUGGGCAUGGACGUGAUCAACGCGGCCCUGGACUCGGCGCUGGCGGCCCCCAGCCGGGACCACUGGACCCCCAGCCACGUCCACGUGGCCCCCGCCACGCUCAGCGUGACCCACGCGCAGACGGAGGCCGUGCUGUGCGAGUGCCGGGUGCGGUUUCUCUCCUUCAUGGGCGUGGGCCGGGACAUUCGCUCCUUCGCCUUCAUCACGGCCAGCGCCCCGGGCGCCUUCCGCUGCCACAUGCUCUGGUGCCAGCCCAAUGCCGCCGGGCUCAGCGAGGCCCUGCAGGCCGCCUGCAUGGUGAGCCCCCGACCCCCUGCCCCCCAUCGUCCCGUCCCUGCCCCCCGGGGCCCUGUCCCUGCCCUCCAUCGCUCUGUCCCCCAACCCACAGGGUCCUGCCCCCCAUUACCCCCUCCCUGUAGCUGCGCUAUCAGAAGUGCCUCGACGCCCGGCCCCAGGCCCCCAGCUCCUGCUUGCCGGCGCCGCCCGCAGACUCCAUGGCCCGGCGCGUGGGCUCCACCGUCCGCAGGGGUGUCCGCAGCCUGCUGGGCAGCCUGA